AUGUGCAUGUGUGAAGCCAAUCCAAGACCACCAAUAAAACUGGAUGAUUUCACAAAACCUCCCCGAGACAAAGAAGUGAAGAUCACUGAAGAACUUGUUAGAAGACGUGCAGAACAUAAUAACUGUGAAAUUUUUUCACUGGAAGAAAUUUCUUUACAUCAGCAGGAAAUAGAAAAGCUAGAGCAUCUUGAUAAAUGGUGUCGAGAUUUAAAAAUUCUCUAUCUUCAGAAUAACCUAAUUCCAAAAAUUGAAAAUGUGGGCAAACUAAAGAAGCUGGAAUAUUUAAAUGUAGCUUUGAACAACAUUGAAAGAAUUGAAAAUCUGGAAGGCUGUGAAGAAUUGAAGAAACUUGACCUGACAGCAAAUUUUGUUGGUGAACUGUCCAGUAUUGAAUCCCUAAAAUGCAAUAUUCAUCUGAAUGAAUUGUUUCUAGUGGGUAACCCAUGUACUGAAUUUGAAGGUUAUAGACAAUUUGUAGUGGCAACUCUUCAUCAAUUAAAAUAUUUGGAUAGCAAAGAAAUAGAACGUUCAGAGAGGAUUAAAGCACUUCAAAACUAUCCAGAAGUGAAAUGGAAAAUCAGAGAACAGGAACGAGCUUACCUUCUCAAAAGGGCCAGAGAAAAGGAAGAGGCUCUAAGAAGUAUGCAAGAAAAAAAGGAUGAGAAACAGAAACAGAUGGGGUCUAAGCUUGGAUUUGACAGCCCAGACUCGCCACAGGAAAAAUCCAACCAGGUAGAAGGAGAUGGAGAGCAGGAAAGAUGCAGAACAGUUGACAGUGACGAUGAAGACAGAAAAUUUUGGGAGGAGCCUACACCAUACACUCCAGAAUCUAGAUUAGAAACUCACAGAUAUAUUGAAGAAAAACGGAAAGCUAAAGAAAAUAUAAGGGAAUCAAAAAAGAGAGAGAAGACUGCUUGGACAUUAGUCACUGCAGAAGGAAAAGUUCUGAAUGUGAAUGUGCCUAAGCUUCAUUUCUCUUUGAAAGAUGAUGAAGAAAACAACCAGAUCAUCUUGGAUCUUGCUGUUUACAGACAUUUGGACACUUCUUUACUUGAUGUUGAUGUGCAGCCAACUUACAUCCGAGUACUGGUGAAGGGAAAGCCAUUUCAGCUUGUGCUCCCUGAGGAAGUGAAGCCAGACAGCAGCUCUGCUAAAAGAUCACAAACAACUGGUCAUUUAGUUGUCACCAUGCCAAAGGCUAAAGAAAUAAUCCUGGCUAAGCAAAAAGUUUCAGCUUCAAUUAAACAUUCUGACUGCAAUACACAGCAAAAAAACACAAGAAGGAGUGGACAAGUUGAGAAGUUAGAAGUGGAUCCUAGUAAAUAUUCAUUCCCUGAUGUGACAAAGAUAAUCCAAGAAAAGGAACGAACUGGACGGGGACCUAUAGAGCUCCAACCACAGAAGGUUACAGAGGUUAAGAAGAGCUGUGUUGAUUUUGAAAAUAAUGAAGAUGUUCCUCCCUUGAUUUGAAGCAUUCCAAAAUAUCUACUCUUUAAGUAGCAUGAAUGAUUGUGUUGAAUUCAUGACCCUAUAAGUAAAUAAAAUAAAAUAGAGCUGAAUCUGGCAAUAUCAUUACAUUCCUAUCAAUAAUUGUUUAUCCUGGUGGUUUUGGCUGCAUUUUCUGUUAGUAUAUUGCUAUAUAAAUUCCUUUUUCUAGAUUGUUUACUUAGUAACUCUGAAGUUAGAAUAGGGGCCUUUUAUCAGAGAUUGUCAUUUCUUCAAACAAAUUGCUGUCUGGGUUGAGAGAUGACACAUUGCUGCAGAAAAAGAGAAAAGGAAGGAAGAAAGCACUUGUAACAAGAUUUAUGAUUUUUCUCAUUAAACUAAGGGUAGGAAAAAUCUCUAUGUAUUCCUUCAGUGUUUUCAUUUUCAUGACAGACAGCAGUAGAAGGAAA